UUUCAGUAUGAGAAUUAUCUCCCAAUUAUUUGUUUCUUCAAUCAUUUACUUGUAUCAGUAUGAACUCAUGGAUCUUAUUUUAUAAUUUGGGUUAAAUCCAAUGCUGAAUUACUUAUUUUUUGAAUUAUUCUAGCUUUAGCCAUUGGGAGCUCUUUUAGUUGGCUCCUAUGUGACUUUGAUAUACCAUCAGUUUUUUGUGUCUUUUUAAAGCACUUGUUUAUUUUCUGGCACUAUAAGAUGUUUCAGACUCAUCUUGUAUAUCCCCUGCCCCAGUCCUAGAAUUAGGCAUUUUUCUCAAGGGCUCUGGUUCCCUUUGUUGGAGAACAGUAUUAGAAACAAAAAACUGGAUGCUGGGUGUGCUCCUUGCUUCUGCUUGUCAUUGCUUCUAGGCCUUCGGAGGACAGAACUUGGAAAUACAUGUGUGUGUACUAAUGUAUUAAACAUGAAUCCACAUGUAUUUUUAAGUAUUUCUAUAUUUACCCAUCUGUAUCUAUAUUAAGCUAAACAUUUCAUAUUGAUGCCUCCUACCCUAACCCAGGAUUUAAUGAUCACAUGCCUACUCCUCUCAUUUUACAGAUGAGAAAAUUUAUGGCUAAAAAGAUAAAAGUACUUGCCCUACAUCAAAUAAUUUUAGAGUUGGCAGCCUAUUUGUACCAAAUUAAUACUCACAUGGUGAUGAUAUAUACAUAGUAGAUUCAUAGUUAAUGAAGAUGUUGAGAUACUAAUUAUUCCAGUAAUGUAUAUCUAUAAUUUUAGAGGAAAUUUUCAGUGAAUAUUUAGUCACAGUAUCACUAUACACCAUAUCUAUUUAGAGUUGUAGUAGUUUCCUUAGAGAUUUCCAGAGCGUGUGCUCCUCUAGAGCAGGGGUGGCUCGGCAAAAGCUCAACGAGUAUUGGGGCCCUCAAUCAAGGUUUGUUGAAAUAAAUGGACUAUACUUAUCAAGAAAUACUGGCUAAAUAUUUAACCUGCACCUCAUUUAUAAAAUGGAAUAUCAUGGAUCAUCUGUUCUGCUUACCCUCAUAGGGUGGUUCUGAGGAUCACAUGAUAGAAUUUACAUGCAAAUCCUUUGGAAUCUGAAAGGAAAAAUUAUGAUACUAUUUGGGGAAAAUUCUGUACCUUUGAAUUGGGUCUAUCUUCCUUUAGGUGAGCAGAAUCACUAUUGUUUCUCUGCCUGUAUAAAAACUAUAAAAAGAUUAAAAUCAAUGGUAUUUGUUUAAAAAUAAUUAGUUUACCCAAUGGUUGAGUAGUCUCUUGUGUAUAAACUCAUAUAUUUUGCUAACGCUGAUUUUAUUAAUAGUUUUUAAUUUAGGCAUAAUUUUCAUACAAUAAAAACUUACUUUUUAUUGUACAGUUUGGUAAGUAUCAAUAACUCCACUACAGUCAAGAUACAGACCUGUUCCAUACCUCCCCUUCAAAAUUUCUUCAUGCCCUUUUGUAGUCAAUCACUCCCCACCCCCCAUCCCCAAGUCCUGGCAAACACUGAUCUGUUUUCUGACCGUAUAGUCUUCCUUUUUCCAGAAUGUCACAUAAGUGGAGCCUGGCUUGUUUUGCUUCCCAUAAUGCAUUUGAGAUUCAUCAAUAUUAUUGUAUGUAUAGAGUUAUUCUUUUAUUACUGAGUAGUAUUCCAUUUAUAGCUAUGCUACAUUUUAAUUAUUGAUUCACCAGAUGUAUUAGCCUAUUUUCACACUGCUAUAAAGACACACCUGAGACUAGGUAAUUUAUAAAGAAAAGAGGUUUAAUUUACUUAUAGUUCUGCAUGGCUGGGGAGGACUUCAGAAACUUACAGUUAUGGUAGAAGGGGAAGCAAGCUCAUCUUAUGUGGCACAGGGGAGAGACAGUGAGUGUGUGUGAAUGAAGGAAGAACUGCCAAACACUUUUAAAACCAUCAGCUCUGGUGAGAAUUCAUGCACUAUCACAAGAACAGCAUGGGGGAAACCACCCCCAUCAUCCAAUCACUUCCCUCCCUUGACACGUGAAGGUUAUAGGUCCUUCCUUCAACACGUGGGUAUUACAAUUUGAGAUGACAUUUGGGUGGGGACACAGAACCAAACCAUAUCACCAGGUGAAGGACAUUAUGUUUUUUCCAUUUUAGGGUUUGUGUUUUUUCUAUUAUAUGAAUAAAGACAUAUAUGUGUUUACAGGUUUUGUGUGAACUUGUUUUUAUGUCACUUGGAUAAAUACCCAGGAGUGGGAAUUAGUAUGCUGCAUGAUUAAGUAAAUGUUUAACUUUAUAAAAAAGAUCAGAUUGUUUUUUGAAACAGUAACCAUCAAGAUCAGAUGUUAUACCUAUCCUUGGUCAUGAAUGGAGGAUGAAACUUGGUGAGUGGAGAUGGGAAUAUAAACCUCCAGAUGCCCAAUUUAACCUGUCAUCCAGUUCUGUAAAAUCAAUAUACUCUUCCCUCAUUCUCACAUCCUCACUUCUCAGAGGAAGUGAGGUCUCUUUAGCAGUGUGUGUAAAGGCUUGCAUGUGAGGCUGCCCAUGUUAUUUUUCUGUUUAUUAGGCAGAAUGAUUGAUCUGAGGAGACCAGUGGCAAUGACAUCCUAGACACAGUAACAUCAGGACAACCCAUUACUUUUCCUAUUACCUCCUUCUUUUCCUUUCCUCUAGAAAGAAAGAAGAGCAUUGGGGUGACAGCAAUAAAUCUAAAGGGAACAAUUAUACUGAUACUGGUUAAGAGGAUCUUGUAUCUUUACCUACUUAUUCCCGAAUCUAAAAAAAAAAGGAAUUUGGGACUAAGGAUAAUUCAUUCUUCCUACAGUGUCACAUUACAUUUGUUCUGUGUCUAAAACAUGCAAUAUUCAAAACUGACUUUUAUUAUUAACUGUUGAGUGACUUACAAAUGUUGUUAGAGCAGAGCAGGGCAGAACAGUGUCAUGGAUAAUCUUCCAAAGCAGAUAAUUCAAAAGUCAUUUCCAUUUAGCUGUGCAAAAACAGUUUAUUUCUCUCCGUCAGUUUUCCAUUGGUUAACAUACUUAGUUUGUUUCUGCUAACCUGAUUUGACUACUGCAAGGAAAUACACACCAAGGACAUAUUAUUUGGCAUGGUGAAACCACCUUGGGGUCAGAAAACUGAACACUACACAAGUCAAGGUUUAAUGUAUUAUGUAUCUUCAAGGGCCUUGCUUCAGUGUCCUAUGGUAAGGAAUUGAGGGGUGGAGGGAGAAAAGUAGGGAUAACCAAAAAGCAUGUACUCAGACAGUAAAGAUUUUGGAGGGGUGAGCAAGAAGUUGCAGUAAAAUCAUACCUUUUUUUUUUCUUCCUGUAAAUUGUCUUUGGUUUAUGAGCCAAAGAAUGAGUUUAUAAGGGGCAGAGCAAAGAAUGGGGAAGUAGUGAAUUUGUUGUACUUAAGUGGGAGGUCAACUUCAUAAUAUAAAAAUGAACGUUUCAGCAAACAGAGCUGCUCACUCAGAAAGGGUGGCCUAUGUAACUUGGGGUUCCCCAUCAUUGGCCGUGUUUAAGCCUAAGUGGCAUAUCUGGUUAGAAAUGGAUUACAGUAAACAGUAUUCCUGUAUCCUUCAUUCCGCAAAUGCAAAAGCCUACUCUGUAUAAGGUACAUGCAGAAUAUGAAAAGGUAUCAAAUCUGGAUCUGCUCUCUGCCAGCUGUCAAAGCAUUGCUUCUCACACACGUUAAUGUGAUCUUGUUAAAAUGCAGAUUCUGAACCCUGGGGAUGGGGCCUGAUUCUGCAUUUCUAACAGGCUCCCAGGUGACGCCAACACUGCUGGUCUGUGUAACACAGAGUGAUAAACGUUUCUAGAAGGAGACAUGCAAAUACUUAUAAUACAAAGGUAAGUACCUUAGGGAGUCCAUUAAUUUUCAUAAAAAACCUGGAUCCCUCCCAACCCUAGGGCUGUCUAUGCCCUUUUUAUACCUUUAGUGUUCCUUCUGAUGUUUUCGUUGUUGCUAUCUUCCUUGAAUUUUAUUUCUUCUGAGGUUUCUCACUGUGUAUGCUGUUUCUUAGCCUAGGAGAGCCUUUUCGUUCUUCUCCUAAGACUAACGUUUUACUAAUUUGUCAAGGUCUAGCUCCUAAACACGCCAUCUUGAAUUCUUCCCUGCGACCCCAGUCGGGCUGAAAGCUCCUUCCUUGUCGCUCCCCACUGAACAGAUUUUUCUUGGGGCGGGCGGUGGGGGACGGAGUAUCGCUGAGUCGCCAGGCUGGAGUGCAAUGGCGCGAUCUCGGCUCACUGCAACCUCCGCCUCCCGGGUUCAAGCGAUUCUUCUGCCUCAUACUCCCAAGUAGCUGGGACUUCCGGCGCGCGCCACCACUCCCAGCUAAUUUUUGUAUUUUUAGUAGAGCCGGGGUUUCACCUUGUUGGCCAGGAUGGUCUUGAUCUCCUGACUUCGUGAUCUGCUCGCCUCAGCCUCCCAAAGUGCUGGGAUUACAGGCGUGAGCCACUGCGCCCGGUCAGAACAGUUUUAACCUCCAGCAAUGACCACUGCUUCCUUCUGCCUGCAGUUGGAAGUCGGUUUCAGUUUUCUUAUUCCCUAUAAGGAACCCACCUCUCCGGUCGCCUAACACACAGAUGCUGCCCAGAAAACGUGCUGGCGCACCUGAGGCGGGGUAGAAAGCCGUGCCGCUCCUCCCGGCACCGAGCACCGGAGCCCAGGGAGGCGGCCUCCGAGUGUCACCUGGGGACGUCCCUUCUGCCGGGUAGUCUCAGAGGCCAAGCGCUCCCAUUAUCCCGGGCGCAGUCUCCCCAGGCGGGACAGGCCCUGCCUGGCGCCCCCUCCUGGCGCUGGAGGCCGCGUGCGACUGCCCACCAUCGAGGCGGCGGCGGCGGCUAGAGAGGCCGGCGGCUCCCGGGCGCCGAGGCUGCAGGCCGCAGGGAACGCGCACUGGGCGGACUCCGCGCCGCCGGCCUUGAAGCCAUUUUAGGAGGAAUCGCUGAUCGCCAGCGAGGGGUGCGGCUUCAAUUUCAAUAACUUUAUUGGUGGCCUGAUCUGCAGAACAGCCAUCACUUCAGCGGCCCUUGGAGGAGGGAGCGCAUCGCCCGAGCCCGGUGUCGUUCCCCGCGGUAGGUGGUCCCCGACGAGCUGCAGCCAUGGGAAACACCACCAGCGACCGGGUGUCCGGGGAGCGCCACGGCGCCAAGGUUGCACGCUCCGAGGGCGCAGGCGGCCAUGCCCCGGGGAAGGAGCACAAGAUCAUGGUGGGGAGUACGGACGACCCCAGCGUGUUCAGCCUCCCUGACUCCAAGCUCCCUGGGGACAAAGAGUUUGUAUCAUGGCAGCAGGAUUUGGAGGACUCCGUAAAGCCCACACAGCAGGCCCGGCCCACUGUUAUCCGCUGGUCUGAAGGAGGCAAGGAGGUCUUCAUCUCUGGGUCCUUCAACAAUUGGAGCACCAAGAUUCCACUGAUUAAGAGCCAUAAUGACUUUGUUGCCAUCCUGGACCUCCCUGAGGGAGAGCACCAAUACAAGUUCUUUGUGGAUGGACAGUGGGUUCAUGAUCCAUCAGAGCCUGUGGUUACCAGUCAGCUUGGCACAAUUAACAAUUUGAUCCAUGUCAAGAAAUCUGAUUUUGAGGUGUUCGAUGCUUUAAAGUUAGAUUCUAUGGAAAGUUCUGAGACAUCUUGUAGAGACCUUUCCAGCUCACCCCCAGGGCCUUAUGGUCAAGAAAUGUAUGCGUUUCGAUCUGAGGAAAGAUUCAAAUCCCCACCCAUCCUUCCUCCUCAUCUACUUCAAGUUAUUCUUAACAAAGACACUAAUAUUUCUUGUGACCCAGCCUUACUCCCUGAGCCCAACCAUGUUAUGCUGAACCAUCUCUAUGCAUUGUCCAUUAAGAUAAAGAAACUAAGGCUCAGAGAAGGUCAAAUUGCCAGACAGUGUGAUGGUCCUUAGCGCAACCCAUCGCUACAAGAAGAAGUAUGUUACUACUCUGCUAUACAAGCCCAUUUGAAGGGAUCCCUUCUUGCCUCUAAGGAUUCAGGAGAAGCAUCUCCCUUGCAUUUCUGGACUGAACCAGUCUUACCUGAGACUGGAAGGCUGAUUUGCUUUGAGGCUGAUAUGUGUGUUUCAGAGCCUCUGAGUAGGAUGCUCUGCUUUUGCAUUUGAUUGCAGAUGAGAGCUUUAUGAGUUCACGGAAUUUAUUUUAAGAAAAAAAUAUAUACAUAUGAGAAGAAGGUAAAUGGAAGCCUCCUAGCCCCAGCUAGAAGUAUUGUUUCUGCCUGUGGGUUUUCACCAAGACCUGUUUGGAGGCGCUGCAGGAAUAACUAUAUAGGAAGAUUUUUCCUAAAAUGAAAGAACAGCAAACUCUUACGAUCCUUGUUGGGUGGAGAUUCUAUCACUGCUACCUUGGCUUUCCAAGGAAUGGGCUUGUGCUAGACCGCUGCCCUACUUAACAGCUGCCUCAUUGCAAGGGCAGUUUUUCUUGCGUGGGUUCUCUAUAUUCCCAGAGUAUGUGGCACAAUCUGUGUUGUUUAUAUGAUACCAGAUGCCCCACAAGAACCCUUAUUCCUCUCAUUUCACAUUCUUCCUUUAAUAGCCUCCUUCAGAUCCCAUACCUGACCCCUCUCUAACACAAAACUCAUUGGGUAAGUGACUUUGAAAAGUUUUGUGGCACCUGACCCACCCCAGACACUAGGGCUAUCAGAAGGUCUCCUUUUUAGCCCAGCACAGGCCCAGGCCACUUUGUCGUGUUUGUUUUAACUUCUAAAGGAAAUAUGUUUCAGCAUUAUAAGAAAGGCAGAAUGCAGAACACCUACAUUUUUGUUUUAGUUUGGUGCCAAGGCUCAGGCUGUAUUGGCAAAUUCCCGAAAGUUUUCCCACUUUGCCUGGCCCUGCUUCUGUCUUUUCUUUCUCAGCAAACAGUUCUGAAGGCAGGAGUGGAACCCGGCAGUAUUUUCGUGUCUUUCAUCCUUGAAAGAUUUUUAUGUGCCUGCAUUUUUUUUUUUAAUUAAAAAAUGCCUUUUCAUUGGUCUUAAGAGACCGCAUUGGAGAAUUUCAGGCUUUUGAUAAAUGCUUCUUCAAAGAGAUUUUCUUCUCUAGUCUAGCCUUCCACAUUCUUAGAUUAAUAUGGCCAACCCUGUACACAUCACUACACUAAAUACUGCUCUAGAUAAACUGCUCAAGUUCAUUUAACUCAUUUGAUGCACCUAAAGGGGUCCCUCAUUUUAAAGAUUUGUUAGGCCAAGAAGCAAGAAAGUAUUCCUAGUAUUCCCAACCAUGAAAAGUAUCAUUCUUUGCACCAAAUGUUAACAAAAUCAUUUUGUUCUCCUGCCUCUUCUUUUUAAAGGUGUUUGAUGAUUAAGUGGGGUCACCGAAUUCCAUUUGUGGACUGAAAAGUAUUCAAUCCACUUUUGGGGUUCAGAGAUAAAACAUUUUUUCCCAAGUAGCUGGGGCUCUUCCAUUUUACAGAUAAGUCAAAUAAUCAACACUAAAGGAGGCUAAACUGUUGAUGAAUGAGAGACUCCGUGACUGCUCAGAUGAGCCUAGCCACACUGAAAGGGCACUUACAGGUCAGUUUAGCUACCUCCUGUCUUUCCCAUGCAAAGCUGAUAACACAGUUGUCUUUGGACUUGUAGACCUCUUGGAUUCCAGGUGUGAUAGAGUAAAGUGUGGGAUUGUUGUUUUGCUGGGAUGCAAAUAACUAAAUGCUUUGGUGGUUAAUUGCUAAGAGUAAAUACUACUUUAGCCAUCCAAGGCCACCUUCUGCAGCAAAAGGCUUUUGUGGAGAACCUUUUAUGUUCCCAACCACUUUUUGAAUGGUGUGCCAUUUAAAAAUCCAGGCCAGAUCCUAUUAUAACCAACUCUCAGGAUUUACAGUCUUCAGUUGUACUAGAAUUUUGUUUUUAUCCAAUACCCAUUAAAUAAGUGGGCCACUUAGGAAGAUUCAAAAUCUUGGUUAUUACAUGAAGUUUGUUAUAUUCAUAUUUCUUGUCAACAGUAUUGAAAUGUAAUAUGUAUGUGUUCAUGUAUGAAAAUUUUUACUCCACACAGGUGUUUCAGUAGAGUGGGGCAGGAAAAGAGAUCUCUUCAAUUUCUGCCAGGCCUGAGGCUUUUGUGAAAUGCGUCAGCCCCCUGUGACAGUAGGUUUUGAUGCUAGUGAUCUUCAGAUCUUUCUCUCUGGAAAUGUGCAGAGAGUGUCAGUUUCCCAAGUUCUGAGGUAACUCUCAGCCCAGAUGUGAAAUGGGAGCCUACCAGCUGGUAUAGAAGGGAAUGGGUAGGAGGCACUGGGUGCUGACUCAUUCAGCACUGUCCCUUUUCUAUACUGCUGAUACAUCCCAUGGUUCUGAGAAGCCUUAUCUCAGUCUAUUUGGAAGAGAGGGAGGACGAGAAGGAAGUAACCCUAAGUACUACUCAUUUAUCCUUGUAUAUUGAUUAGUUAAAGGGAUAAUUAAUUUAAUGCUGAGGAGAGUUUGACAGAUUUUGAAAAUGAGUAAAGGCAAAAAAAAUUUUUUUAGCCUUUAUUUUGCCUUUGGGAAUUUUACAGAGUCAAAGUAGGCAGAAUAAGAAAAUAGUUCUUCAGAGGGCCGACCUUUAAAGAACUUCAACGUAGUUUUGGAAUUGUGGGGAAGAGAAGAGUGACUGAGCUGAGAAGUAAUAAUAGAAUAAAGGGUUGAGUAACUUAGAACUGAAAAUGAUCUCUUUUAAAAAGAAAUUAAAUCAGACACCACAUGGUGGUGUCCUUGGAUCUCACUGUGCAGAAUUAGCAGUGUAUAACCAUCUUCCCUUUGCAUCUUGUUCCAAUUCUCUCCUCUUUCCUUUCCAUUCUGCUUUAAGCUCAUGUGUCAGGCAGAUUUUACCAGAGUGUCAGACAUUACCUAAAACACAUACGUUAGCCAUGCUGCUGGUAUGGAGAAAUUCCACACCAUGAUUAUUAGCCUCGUUUAAGCUGAAUGGGAUUUAACCAUUCUAGGCAACACCCCUGAAGGGCAUACCUAACCUCAAUAGUGUUGGCUUUUAAAACGUAUGUUUGUAUGGUAGAGAACUUUGUAAAAGAAGAAUCCAAGAGAAGUUUGUGAGGAUCCUACAAACCCAGGCCCACUCACUUUGCUCCAGUUCUUUCUAGUAUCUUGUAGAUCUAAUGGGUCUGGGAUAAAAACUUUGAAAAGUGUCAAUAUUCCAUGUAUCCUGCUGAAGUGAAGUUAAGUUUGGAAAGAAGUGAUACCUCAAGACUGGGUUUAUAUUAAUCUGGGAUAUAAAUGAAGAAGACAUACUAAUAGAACUCCCUGCUUUUAACUGGGGAAAUAGGGCUUUAAUAAUUUUGACCUCAACUAAAAAUGAUAUGCAAUAGUCUAUGUUUGUGUGUGUUUGAAAUACAUUGUGUUCUCAGAGAUUUCUACAUUCUCACGUUCUAGUGAUUUGGGGCAUGGGCUUAAUAGCAGAUGUACAGUGUAUUCCUGCAUUAUUGUGAUUCACCCUUAAAGCCCAGUUCUUGCUGUCUUCUACCAGGGGCUGCUGACUCCAGUUACCCAUGGAAUGCAGGACCUGGGAGGGGUAGCCAUUAGGGUCUUUCAAAACUCUUUGGAUCUAAGCAUUUGUCCCUCCUUAAGUGCCAGUCACAAUUGGAUAUGGAAGGACUGUGAUUUCUGCAAUGAACCCAAACUUUUAGAGUAAAAAGCCAAAUUUAAAUUAUAAGAAAGAAGGGAAAAAAGAGAAAAACUCAAGUCUAUUACUUGUAAAGUCCAAUUCUUAGCAAUGGAAUCCCUCUAGGAUUCUAGUUUGGGCUUUGUCUGGAUUUGCUUUUCUCAGUUGUGCUUUGAAGUGAAUAAGCUUUGUUACAAAUUAAUUUUUUAUUAGUUCCAAUAUUAGUUGGAGUUAACUUGAAUUGAUUGUAUGUAGCACAGCACUUUUGCAGUAAGAUUGGUGUGAAAUACUAAACACUAUGGAUUUUGUAGGUGUCAGGUUAAAUGGUCAAGGGAUACCUACAUUAAGUAAUAUAUUAGGUGUUGAUGAUCUUACUUCUUUUCUGUUCCCCUCUACAAAACACUUACCUAACCCAGCUUGUGGUUUUAGGACAGCCAAAGCUCACUGUUGUUGGUUAGUCCUAAUCACUACACGGGUCUCAUAAAUGAGACUUGUUUGAAUUUUGGUACAUUGGAGCAUGUUGGUUGGUAUUACAUGGCAGCAUUUGGAAUGAGUGCAGCUCUGUGUCUGUCAGAAAGGAGAGAGAAGACUACUUUGAAGGGAAUUAAAUAUGUGAGUCCUCUUUUUAAUGGUGCUUUUUGUAACCUUUAAUGCUGAGGUACAGAGCUGCUUUUCAAUAUUUCAUAAAGGAGUGGCAGACGAGUGGAUUUUAAAGCUGUUCUUCAAACGUAAUUUGUCACUGGACUCUGACACACCUGGAAAUUAUAUGAUAUGAUACAUACAGAAAUGUUGUGGGUUUUUUCCAUAAAACUUUAAUAAAAGUAUUAUACAGCAAUAA